UGUUAUCAGCGGAUGACCGCGAAAGGCUUAUUCGUGGAGCCUUCGAAGGGAAAGAAGGCGCAUAUAGCCCCUACUCGGGUUUUCCAGUUGGGGCUGCUCUUCUUUCCUCUGAAGGGCAGAUUACCAAAGGUGCUAGCAUCGACAACACGAUUUACGGUGCCAACACCUGUGCUGAAUGUACGGCAAUCGUCAAGGCGGUGGGUGACGGGAUCCGCUCGUUCAUUGGCCUUGCGAUCGUAGCGAACAUCGAAGGUGUCAUCUCACCCUGCGGGAUAUGCCGUCAAGUUAUCCGCGAAUUUUGCCCGCCGGACAUGCCCAUUCUCCUAGUUCCAGGAGACUAUUUACAACGACCCGUCGGAGGGAGAGAGUCCAAGAAAGGAUACACAGGAGGCAUAAAGGAGACUACCAUCGACGAACUUCUGCCUCAGCCUUUUGGUCCAGAGCAAUUGGAGUUGCUGCACAAGUCAUGAU